GCCUCGUCGCCGACGCCCACCCCGCUCCCCAACCAACCCUCCCGCCUCCCACGCGGGCUCGCCGUUCCACCUCAUCGCCCCCAGCUGUCUCCGCUCCGCCCGCAGUCCCGGACAUCCAUUUUCGAGGAAAGCUAAAAGAGGUGGUGUGGUGUUAUCUGGCUUCAAGCCUUCAACAGAGUUGCUUUGUCAAAAUUGUGCAGCAAUCUUAAAGCAUGAGCUCUAAUCGCGUGAAGUGGAAUGAGGACAAUCUGUAUGAGAUUGAAUCAAACAAGCCAGUGAGGCAGAAGAUAACUGAGCCCAAGACACCCUAUCACCCUAUGAUGGAUGAUGAUGGGUCACUAUCACCAACACGCCCGUUCGACAAGUGUCUAGAGGAGACUGCUAAUGCUGAAGCUAUUUUAACUGCUUUAAAUGGUGUGGCUUCUUCGAGUAAAAAUGAUUCAAAGGAUGAUGAUUGGGCAACCUCAGAUGAUGAUGCAGAUACCAUGGAACAAGAUGAUGACUCAGAAGGUGACAAAGGAUCUGUGAGUUUUAACGAUCAUCGCCGUGCUCACUACGAUGAAUUCCGGAAGGUCAAGGAACUAAUGCGCUCUGGAUCUCUGGUCGAAGAAGGGGCAAACAACACCCAAAACAAGACAGCUGGAGAGAAGGCGGCAUGCGAUAAGGACAAACAGUCAUCACCUCAAGCAUGAGCAACGAGCGUGCAGCUGGUGCCUGCUCUGUGUGUAUUGCUGAAUCCUUGUUUUGCAUAUCAGAUCAGACGGUGAAGCACGCAAAGAACCUGUACCCCUCUCCCCUUGUUUCGAGAUGUUGUGGUUGCCUAGCUACUUAUAUUUUCAGUCAACAAGCAAGAAAUUGUAUGGGUCACUUCUUAUAAUACUGGAGUUGAGUUAUGUGAUUAGCUCUUGAGCAAAUUUUCUUC